AUGGUCACUGCCAUACGGGACGGUGGUCACUUACGGAGAGUUAUCAUUCGAGAGAAUGCCCCGGAGGCUUCGGAGUAUAUCGCUGAUUAUAUCAUCAGCCGAAUCAAAUCCUUCAAACCAACCGAAAGCCAACCUUUUGUUCUUGGUCUCCCAACCGGCAGCAGUCCUGAAAUCAUAUACAAGACCCUUGUCCGUCGUCAUAGAGCAGGCGACAUCUCUUUCAAGCAUGUCGUAACCUUCAACAUGGACGAAUAUGUCGGGCUGCCUCGUGAUCAUCCUGAAUCGUACCACAGUUUCAUGUAUAAGCAUUUCUUCUCGCACGUCGAUAUUGCGCCGCAAAAUAUCAACAUCCUUGAUGGGAACGCCCCGGACCUUGCGGCAGAAUGUGCCUCGUUCGAGGCGCGAAUUGCACGUUUUGGUGGCAUUGAACUCUUCUUGGGUGGCGUCGGACCUGACGGCCAUAUCGCGUUUAACGAACCGGGAUCCUCACUGAGCAGUCGGACUCGUGUGAAAACCCUCGCAUAUGACACCAUCCUAGCCAACUCUCGAUUCUUCGGCAAUGACAUCGAUAAGGUCCCCCGGAUGGCAUUGACGGUGGGAAUACAGACCAUCAUGGAAGCGAGGGAGGUUGUGAUUGUCGCAACCGGGGCACACAAGGCUUUGGCAGUGGAAAAGGGCCUUGAAGGUGGCGUGAACCACAUGUGGACGCUAUCUGCCUUACAGUUACACCAACAUCCAUUGAUCGUCUGUGAUCGCGAUGCAACGCUGGAACUCAAAGUUAAGACUGUACGGUACUUCGAGUCCAUCGAGAACUCCGGGACGGACGCACGGACUCAGGGUCCUCCUUUGGUUUAUCGCCCCAGAACCUACGUGCCCGCUCCUAUCGGGGUCAUCAAAUCCCACCAGCAGCCUACCCCAUUGUCCACACCAACCAAGGUGCCCAAGGAUCUGAGGAUCAACACAGAGCUUAGUCAGACGAUUGAGGAUGACGAGCUUACGCCGGAUAGCAUGUCCUCUCGAAUGGUCGACUCUGCUAUCAGUGGGUUGGACUCGACGUUGAAAGAUGAACUCAUGUUUGACCGCAUGGGCACUAGGGUCGUUUCUUGA